UAUUGGCAUUUUCCUGCAAGAAUAUUUGCCUCUUCUCUGUUAAGUGUUCUGUUACAGCAGGUUUCUUCUUCUAACAAAGAAACAGAAGAAAAUCUUUCUGCAAUGACUCUUGGUUGGUUUAUCUUCAGGAGAUUUCACCAGAAAUGCUCGAUGAUAGUCGAUGUAACCUCCCGAGAUAUCAUCAAGCCAUCUUCUCCCACUCCAAACCACUUAAAGACGUUUAAACUCUCUCUUUUAGAACAGCUCGGUCCAACGAUCUUUGGUCCAAUGGUUUUCUUCUAUUCAGGUAACAACAGAAUCAAACCAGCUGAGCAAAUACAGAAGCUCAAGCAGUCGUUAUCUGAGACUUUAACUCAUUUCCACCCUCUUGCUGGGCGGCUCAAAGGCAACGUGAGCAUCGAUUGUAACGACUCCGGGGUUGAUUUCAUCGAAGCACAAGUCGAUUCACCGCUUUCGAGUCUCCUCCAAGAGCCUUCUUCAGACAGCUUGCAACAACUGAUUCCUACAUCAGCCGAUUCCAUAGAGACAAGAACCAAACUGCUUCUUGCUCAAGCGAGUUUCUUUGAAUGUGGAAGCAUGGCUGUAGGAGUUUGCAUCUCACAUAAAUUUGCUGAUGCGACUUCUAUCGGUUUAUUCAUGAAGACAUGGGCUGCAAUCUCGUCCCGAGGGUCAAUCGAAACCGUUGGAUCUCCGGUUUUCGACACGGCUAAGAUCUUUCCACCUGGAAACUUCUCUGAGACUUCCCCUGCACCAGUGAUUGAGCCAGAGAUCAAGAUGAAUCAGACUGUUUCCAAGAGAUUCAUAUUCGAUUCUUCGAGUAUUCAAUCUUUGCAAGCAAAAGCUUCAAGCUUUGAAGUGAACCAACCUACAAGGGUCGAAGCUGUUUCAGCUCUUAUAUGGAAAACCGCAGUGAAAGCAACAAGAACAGUUUCAGGAACAUCGAAACCGUCGAUUCUGGCAAACUCGGCUAGCCUACGCUCCCGCCUCUCACCACCAUUCACAGAGAACACAAUCGGGAACCUGGUGAGCUACUUUGCAGCAAAAGCAGAGGAAGGAAUAAACCAGACAAAGCUUCAAACUUUGGUUUCGGAAAUACGAAAAGCAAAACAGAGGUUUCAAGAAAACCAUGUACCGAAGCUUGUAGGAAACCCAAACGCAACAGAGGUGAUCUGUAGCUACCAGAAAGAAGCAGGGGAUAUGAUUGCAAGCGGAGAAUUCGAUUUCUACAUCAUCUCGAGUGCUUGUCGGUUCGGUUUGUACGAAAUUGAUUUCGGUUGGGGGAAACCGGUUUGGGUCGGGAUACCUUCGAUAAGACAGAAGAGCAUCGUGACGCUUCUCGAUACGAGAGAAGCUGGUGGAAUUGAAGCUUGGGUGAAUCUGAAUGAACAAGAGAUGAAGCUUUUCGAACAAGAUAGAGAAUUGCUCCAAUUCGUUUCCCCGGUUUAGCAUGAAGCUGAUGAAUGUUGAGCGGAGUUUAGCUGAGAAACACUACGAGGACCUGUCUGGGGAGUACUUAUUCAGGCGUCUGGUUGAUUACAUUGUGUCGUCCGGUCCUGUUGUUGCAAUGAUAUGGGAAGGAAAGAAUGUUGUGGAGACAGUGAGAGAGAUGAUUGGUCCGAAAAGACUAUCAGAGUGCGGGCAGACAACCAUCCGUGGGGAAUAUGGUAUUGACUUAAUCAGGAACGUGAUCCAUGGGAGUGACUCAGUAGUGAGUGCAAGCAAGGAGAUUGCAUUAUGGUUCCCAGAAGGACCUGUCAACUGGGAUAAAAAAAUCAACAAUUAUUGGAACAAGUUCGAUGAUUGAUCCGAGAGAACAGAGACAUUG